UACGAAGCGGGCGACUUCCCUUGUUGCCUAGCAACAGCAGAACCUCUACCGUCGCGAUCUACACGGCGGACAAACCUGGCAGUGUGAACGGGAGCGUGGGGGACACGUAGGCGCUUCCUACUCAGAUGGCGGAGGUCCACAUCAUUGGACAGAUCGUUGGUGCCAGCAGCUUUCCACAACACAGCUUAUUUUGUAAAUGGGGGGUACACACAGGGGGAGCCUGGAAGUUGCUCUCAGGAACUGUGGAAGGUCAGACGCAGGUGGACAAUCCUCAGAAUGAAGACAUGGCUUUCUGGUCACACCCUAUUGACAUACAUUUUGCAACCAAGGGAUUGCAAGGUUGGCCUAAGCUACAUCUUCAGGUUUGGCAUCAAGACUCUUUUGGUCGGAAUGAGCUGUAUGGAUACAGCUUCCUGCACAUCCCUUCUACUCCAGGAACACACACAUUGCUCAGCCCCACAUGGAGACCCCUGGGGACCUGGCAGGAGCAGAUUUCCCAAAUGUUUGUAGGGGGCGGACCACAGCUGAAGUCACCGAAUCUUAUUUAUGGAGGAGCUGACCGCUACCGUCUACAGACCACAGCCAUGGGCCAGGUACACCUGGAGCUUACUGUCAUACUCAGGAACUUUGAUCGAUUUGGGGUGGAAUGCUAAUUUUACAAUACGUAGUAUAACACCACCGCGGUGACUUCAGAAGGCCAAGGAUCUGAUACAAGAUUAUCCAUCAGCAGAGGCCUAAAGUUUUGUUUUUCCGUGUGUGUGUGUGAACACCUUCUCGCCUCCCUAAAUGUAUAGCAUCAAGCCCUGGUAUGAUGUUUGCACUUUUUAUCUAUGGACUACACAGUCUGGGUAUUUUUUAUCAUAUAGACCCCUGAACUGGCUGGAAAAAGUUAUACCUAUAUCAGGAGGGCCUGUCUUUGUUUUAUAUGUUCACCCCCAAUGGUGCAUGGACCGGACAUGGACUCGUCCCACACAUAUGAAGAAGAGAAAUGGAUCUCCAGCGCCAGACUCGUGAUUAGAACCUUUAUUGAGUUGUCAUCGGAAACAUCACACAGACUUUAGUAACGUGACGCAUUUCAACCUCAAGGAGGACUUAGUCAUACACCUGUUACACGCACAUGGAUCCCUUAUAUAUGGAAGGGGGAAGUGACGUGCAUGGGAACCACCAGCGAUACAUCACCGCACACCUCCACAUACAAUAACAUAUACUUAAUAAAAACAUAUGUAAUACAAAUAUAGUAAAAAAGCACAUAAAAGUAUAAAAGCAGAUCUCCUAGGACUUGCUAUCAUGACAUGGUAUGAUAUAUUUAAUCUGUCACAUACAAAUGUAAUAAUUGUAUAUAAUAACAUAGACAGACACCAAACUCAUGUGAGCAAGAAACAACAGAAGAUCAGCGGGGAAUUUUUGCGACACCAUCUAAAUGCAAUAUGGUAUAAAUGUAAGUCCAAGCUGGGACCAUCCACUGUAGUCGACACAAAAAUAUACAAAGAGUUAUCAGAAUAGAAAAAGAGAGAACAGAGAAACAAAGGGAAAAACAAUAAUUACAACCAGAGAGCUAAGCAGGGUUCAAUAAUGCAAAAUUGUAUCUAACCUCCUGUUCAGACCAUGUGGUUGGUACUCGCAUGUUUAAUUUUAGGAUAAAAAAAGAUCUUGCGAUCCAAAACCUCCUGCUUCAUACUCCCUCUUCUCGGUGGCACUAACACCCUUUCAAUUCCCUGCAGCAUGAGGCACGAGGUGUCACCUGCUUGGACCUUUGCACAAUUUUUUGGAACCAUAGAUAUGCUUCCAUAUAUAAGGGAUCCAUGUGCGUGUAACAGGUGUAUGACUAAGGCCUCCGUGAGGCCGAAACGCGUCACAUUACCGAAGUCUGUGUGAUGUUUCCGAUUUCAACUCAGCAAAAGGUUCUAAUCACGAGUCUGGCGCUGGACAUCCAUUUCUUUUCUGCAUUCAGAUUUUAUACUGAUUUUUUUUAUACAUUUUUAAUUUUUCAAUAACUUUUUUGUACAGUAUUUAAAUAAAUUGUA